AUGGCGAGUGUUUGCCUCUCUCUCCUUCUCUGGCCCGCCGCGGUGCUGCCCUCCGCCCGCGUGGUUGUCCGCCGCCGCCUCGCGCUCUCGACCGCGGCCGCCCUCUCCGCCGCGACGCUGCGGCCUCGGCGGGCGGCGGCCGACCGCGGCAAGGACCUCUACACGUCCGACGGAGCGCUGCUGCAGAGCGGCGGCGGCGUGGUGCAGGACGCGCUGCUGCCGCAGUUCGAUUCGAGCGGCGCGCUGAUCGUGGGGAACGGGUACUCCGAGGAGACCGCCUACCGCACCGUCCGCUCCGGCCCCGCCUCGGUCGAGGUCCUCAAGGGCUGGGUCUCGACCGACGCGGGCGGGCUGCGAGACCCGGUGACGGGCAGCGCCGCGUCGCUUGUGCGGAUGAGCGCGCUGCCCACCGGCGCGAGCAGCAUCGCCGAGCUCGGCAAGCCCGAGCAACUCCAGCUCCUGCACGUGCUUCGGGUGGACGCUUCCCCCGACGAGUGGCGCCGCGCCGGCAAGGCGCUCAAGGCGCUGCGAUCGACCUUCGCCGUCGCGGCCAGCUGA